AAGAAAUAACAUGAGGGGAGAAUAAUCGAUAAAACUCCGCAUACAUAUAUUGUAUAACUUGUAUAGGUAGACAGUUGCUUAAAGCAUGAGCAUAGUGUAAUCGGAUCAAUGCGAUGAAAUUAGUUUUCGUUCUGAGGAAAUUUACGAUCUAUUGAGUAUGGAAUUAUUUACAGCUUUGAGCUUAUUCAGUCGGCAGAAAUACGAGGCGUGCGCCGCAAUAUGUACCGAUUUAUUAAGGAAAAAUCCACUGGAUCAGGCCGUGUGGAUCUUGAAAAUGCGUGCCUUAACAUUGCAAGUCUACGUGGACGAUAUUGAAGGCGAGGAGGAGGGAAUCGCGGAGACUCUGUUAGACAAUUAUGCGAUAUCGAUGAUGCCUAGGCCAGGAACUUCGUUGAAAAAUCCCGGUAUCAGUUACACCGGUCAAGGAGUACGGCCUAAAUCUCAAUCUGGUAGACCUGUUACUGGGGUAGUGCGACCUGCCACUCAGGCAGCGACGUCUCAAUCGAUUGAACAAGCAUUGAGAACACCGAGAACUGCAAUGACUGCUAGGCCGAUUACAGCAAGUUCAGGACGUAGUGUUAGACUCGGUACUGCGUCGAUGCUAACGGAGCCGGGUGGACCCUUUAUCCAGUUAUCGCGCUUGAACAUAACUAAAUAUGCUAAUCAACAAAGCAUAGCAAAACCAUUGUUUGAAUACAUAUAUUAUCAUGAACACGAUGCGAGAUAUGCGUUGGACUUGGCCGUUCAGGCGACCCAAGUCUGUCAAUACAAAGAUUGGUGGUGGAAAGUUCAGUUGGGAAAGUGUUAUUACACUUUAGGAUUAGUGAGAGAUGCGGAGCAGCAAUUCAAAUCGGCGUUAAAAGAUCAUAAAAAUAUCGAGACGAUUUUGCGAUUGAUCAGGGUUUAUGUUAGGCUCGAUCAACCCUUGACCGCGCUGGAUACGUGUAAGAGAGGCCUCGAAUAUUUCGCGAAUGAUGUUACAAUCCUCACAGAGAUGAGUCGUAUAUUCGAGGGCCUAAAUAAUACAACGAUGUCCAUGAAAUAUUAUAAGAUGAUCGCGCAAGAGGAUGCUUCUCACAGUGAGGCAAUUGCCAGUAUAGGCAUGCAUCAUUUUUACAAUGAUCAGCCGGAGCUAGCUUUGCGUUAUUAUAGGCGUCUCUUGCAAAUGGGUGUACACAAUGCCGAGUUAUUCAAUAACCUCGGACUUUGCUGCUUCUACGCUCAGCAAUACGAUCAUACUAUAUCGUGCUUCGAGAGAGCAUUAAAUCUCGCGACCGAUGAAAAUGUAGCCGAUGUGUGGUACAACAUUUCUCACAUUGCUAUUACGUUAGGAGAUUUAAUAAUGGCCGAGGAAUGUUUGAGACUGGCCAUUGCGAGUGAUAAUAGACAUGCUUUGGCUUACAACAAUCUUGGCGUAAUAGAAAUGAGUAAUGGAAAUGUUACCGCGGCGCGAACUUAUUUCCAUGCGGCAGCCAACAUCGCUAGCUAUGUAUACGAGGCGCAUUUUAAUAGCGCAUAUUUAGCUUACGAGGUAAUUAUUUCUGAUUUGCUCCUAAUACACAAUAUGCCGAUUAAUAUCGCACAUUCAUUCCAACAUAUACACAGGUUGGAGAUCUACAGACGAGCUAUAUCGCAGUACAAAAAUCGUUGCUCGCCUAUCCCGGACACUAUGACAGUAAAAUUCUUUUACAGAAAUUACAAAGAUACUUCUCGCAUAUGUAAGAUGUACAACGAAAAAGAUCCUUCUUAUUUUACAUUAGAUUGUUUUAUUCAAUGUUGUAUAUAUUUUUUAAACAUAAUACUUUAUAUACACAUAAUGUACAUGUACAGAAAAGUACAAAUUAUGUUUGAAACUUCUACAUCUGCUAUUAUUAAAAAAUUGUGACUUGAUAGAGUAAAAAAAAAUCAUUAAAAUUUAUGGAAGUAUAGGAAGUAUUCAAAUGCAGUUCAAUGAUGUAAGCAAUCAUUUAUAAUACAUCGCCUAUUUUCUCUUAUUAAAUCUGUAUAAAUAUUAGAUACAUUCAACUGAAACAUAGACUGAAAUUUUUAUGAAACAACGAUUUUAAUCUAUGUUUCAAUAAUUUGACAAUUUGUCCAUUUUUCCACUUCCAAGAGAGAGUAUAUUUUGUACAAUAAAUUUAGCUCAAUCGUAACGUGCAUUUAGUAAGAUUAGAAUAUAGUUAAAAAUCUUAUAAUUGACAUAUUGAAUGAUAAUCUAAGGAGAUAAUAAAUACUUGUCUAUUAUAUAUAUAUA